AUGGCAAGGGUUAGGUGUCUCAGUGUCCUUAACUACUUUCGUUCCGUCGAGAGAACGUUAACAAUCGAUGAUGGAGGACUAGUUAAGAAUGAAGACGGAUUCAAAAUAAAAAAGACUCACCCUAACGAGAACCGCAGCUCGCUUGGUGUUGGCGCUCACCAAUACGUUCAUAACAGUCCUGCUGAGUUUCGGGCUGAAGAGCGGGAAUUUCUUGAAACCUUGGAAAUUGAAAACCAGGAUGAUUACUACUCUCUGUCUGACGGUCGCAUUCAUGUGCAAGAUCACAAAGGAGUCUUUGUCAUCUACGACAAAUCCCUGGAAGACUUCAGGGAAAUCGAAAAACAGUUACUCCUGAUUGGUUCACAUUUCAUUUCAAAGUUUGGAGGCAAGGACAAAAACGAUAUUAAAGUACAGCAACAACAAGGCAGCGACUUUGAUCUUGAUGCAUAUAGUCGCAAAGAUAUUGAUAGGUUUGGUGUGAUUUUGGAUUUGUGGACAAAUGAAGCUGCUUAUUUAGAAAAUAAACGCAAGGUUGGUACUUUUCAUCUGAUUUCAAUCGCAAAGUAA